UGUCCCAAUACGUUCACACCAGAGAGACAGAGACAUGAGGGGUCGAUCUUCAAAACAAGAAACUAAAAAAGCAACGGAAUUAGAUAAGCUUGGUGAUCACCUCAAAGAUGAUCAGGAAACUCAUGAUCAUCUCUCUGGUGCUUAUAUACGUACCCUAGUGAAACAACUAACCUCUUCAAGAACCAAACAUCCCAUGAACCUCAAGCAACCUCAAAAUUUCACAGAAUUCGGCCAUGAAGGUUCUAUUGAAACCCACCAAGCACAACCACCCCCACAACCUCAACAACAUAAAAAACAAGUUAGAAGGAGACUCCAUACCAGUAAGCCACACAAAGAAAGGCUUCUUAACAUGGCUGAGGCCAGGAGAGAGAUCGUCACUGCUCUUAAAUAUCACAGGGAAGCUAUGAAACAAGCCAGCCAACAAACAAAACAAGAAGAACAGCAGCCUCAGUCACCCCACCUGCCAUGUUUUGAUCAAGAACAAGGAAUGGUCAAAUCUAGGAGAAAUUCUAGAGUAUACCCAUCAAGCACAGCCAAUUUUUCUCAUUAUCUAGACAAUCUUUCCUACUCAUCUUUUUCUAAUCCAUACCCUUCUCCUGAAACUCUCAAUUUCACACUCCCAAAUCAACCCUUAGGCCUGAAUCUCAAUUUUCAUGAUUUUAAUAUUCCAUCACACUACUCAUCCUCAUCUCCAUCAUCAUCCUCGUUCCCCAAGCUUUCUGUAGCAACUGAUCAGGAAAUUCCCUCGGUUGCAAUAACAUCACAGCAGGAAGUGGGGACUCCUGCUCUGGCAGAGGCAGCUGGUGGUAGUGAAGGAAGCUUGCAUGCAGCUAUGGAGGAUGCGGAGAUGGUGGAGAUCAGAUCGGUAGGAGAGCAGCAUCAGAUGGAAUGGAAUGACACAAUGAAUUUGGAAUUCCCCGCUUGGUUGAUUGCAAACGAGAGCUGUUUGCAACAAAAUUUGAAUGAUUACUGCUCAGAGGACUACUUCCAAGAUCUUGCCUUGCCUCGCAUGGACAUUGGAGAAAUCGAAGGUAUCGAUGGGGAGUGGUUAGCCUGAAAGGGAUUUUUUUUAUUUAUUUUUUUUUUUCCCCCUAUUUUGAUCAAAUCUUUGGCUCUAUUUUUUCUUUCCAUUAAAUUUUGAUAGUCCUAGAAACUUCUUCUUCUCAAUCUCGAUAAUAAGGCCUGCAAAGAACUUAAAAGCUGGCAGGCCACAGAGGAAAAUAAUGUAAGAAAGAAAGGACUUAAAGAGUUUGCUCUUCUCCUUUUUAUAUUCCUCAGUUUUAGCUUUUUCGUGUAACAUUUGAGGAGAGUGCAUGCACCACGCGCCACUUUAGGGGAACGGUGUAAGUUUAGAUUUGUGGUGAAGUGGCAAAAACCUCCACUUCAUAUUGGGUUCCUUAAUAUAAUUGAAUGAAACUAAUAUUACUAGUC